AUGAACAGACUCCAAUUGAACCAGUCGCUCAAAGACGUUCUCCCGACGCACUCCGGAGAUUACCCUCCGCAGCUAGUCGCCUAUACGGACUCGUUGUACCAGCUCAGUCUCCAGAAGAUCCCAUCUCUUCCCCACAAAGCAGACGUCGCCAGAUACCACUUGUGUGCAUUUUUGGCCGUCGAGAAAUAUAAAGAGCGGCUUUCGCUCCCGGCCCCGCUGCUGCAGAAGAUCCCGUUGCAGCCAAGAUUGGUGGAGAAGGUCCUCACCGAUCUAGAACAGAAGGUGGUGAUAGGAUGUGCGUCGCCCGUUUGUACGCCCACAAAACCAACGCUCCUGCCGUCCAAACGGUCCUAUGUGCCUGGCACCAGCUCGCCGUUGAAAAAGCUCCAGAAAUUGGCUUCCGAUGGCAGUCCCAGUGGACCGCCAAAGGAGACACCAUUUACUGCCAAAUUAAAGGCGCUUCGUGACGAAGACUCGCCAUUCAAUGUAAAAAACGGUAGUUCUGCAUCUUUAAAGCCAAAUGUCAAGUCUGAAGUGGCCAGUAGCCCGCUCAGAACCCCGAAAAACAGUCCUAGAAAGACAGGUGUUGGCCGUAGUCCGCUCAAGUCGCCCUCCAAGUCGCCUUCCAAAACACCGCUUUCGAGUCCCAGCAAGCCGCGGUACGUGCGCGAUAUCACUGUCGCGGACUUCAUUUCUUUCGCCAAUAACUUCUAUAUCCCUGCGUCUGUGACGCCUCGCAUCCUAGACACGUUUCUCCGGGAGCAGCAUAAAUUCUUAAAGAAAAACGAUUGGCUUCUUGCGUGCGGACUCAUUCACGCGGCCUAUAUUCGCAUUAACCAUCGCCUUCUCCAGAGCACCUUGGGCCGCAAGACCCAGUUCCAGGACCAGCUCUUCCAAUACCAAAAAGGCGGAUUGAUGAAGGCCAACAUGAUCAACUGGCUCAACAUCACCGAAGAGUCCGUGAAAAACGAGCCCUGGGCCAUUGACUUGGAAUUGAAGUACGUCCACAACGACUGGUCCAAGAACGACACCACGCAAGAGCGCGAGAUCCAGGCCAAAAUCGGACCCGGCUGGGAAAUCUAUCUGAUGUUUGGCUCCAUGAUUAAUCCGUCCGUGAUGCUCGACACACCAUCUCAGGUUGAGUACUACAAUGUCUGGACUAGCAGGGUCUACGAGAAAUUGAAAAGUAUUCUGAAACAAGAGGAACUGUGA